AUGAACGACACCUUCGACCCCUACGGAGUGCUAACUGAACCGAUAGUGAAAUUGGUCUUCGUUUUAGUGAACGCAUUCACAACUGUAUCAUGGAUCGCUAUUAAAUAUCUCCUAGAUCGGCUCUGGCCUUCGUUCAAGGCUAUCAAUCCCCCACACAAGAAAUGGUAUGUGGUGGCGAAUAUCUCCAAGGCAUGCUGCUUAGGCGUGACGGUGGUCAGUUGCUCGUGGUGGUAUUAUGCCUACCACGCCUACAUUGUACAGGAACGAGAUUUAUCAGCUACUGUCAUGUACCUGGUCAAGUUCAGUGGUGCGACGUAUAUAGCUAACCAUGCACUCGUCAACACUGACCAGGUGCAUCACUACGUGUCCACCACGCUGUUCUUCCUCGUGGCUAUAUAUGAUCUAAACCACGCCGAUAUUGUGCACAUGAUCAAUAUCUACGCCUUCUUCAGCACUUUGGCGUUCACAACCAAUCUGUUCUUGGCCUUGAGGGUGAUGUAUGCAAAGACGCACCCCACCGUGAUGCGCGGAUUAGCCAUGUGGUCGUUCGUGGUCUACCUGGCAGCCUGCACCGGAAACUGGAUAUUGCAGGGUUGGUGGCUGUUGAGGCACGUAAUAGAUUUAAGGUUAUCAAUCCCGGCGCUAUUUUACAUGCUCUUCUUGGCUUUGGUCAUAAACGAUGACAUUGUGCUCCUCAGGUGGCUAUACCAGGCAGGAUUCGAGACGCAAGAUACUUCCGCCACCACCAAAAAGAAGCAAUAAAACGAGGAA